GAUCAAUGGCUCACUACCAUCACCACAAUCUCUUCUUCCACUCUCUUUCUUCCCUUUCUCAUCUUUAAGCUCUCUUCUUCCUUCCUUCUAUCAUCUCUUUCUCCAUCUCCUACGGCCGGCCCUUCAUGGCUUCGGCUACUCUCCUAGUAGCCAAUGCCUCUCUCCAGGGGAAUAGCAAGGGGUUCUCGGAGUUCUCUGGGUUAAGGGGAUCCGCUGCUCUGCCUUUCUCGAAGAAGGCUUAUUCGACUGAUGACUUUGUCUCUGCCAUUGGCUUUAAGGCUGCUGCUGUAGGGGAAAGCGUCGCAGGGGUUCAUAAUAAGGGAGUGGUGGAAGCGAAGCUGAAGGUGGCCAUCAAUGGCUUCGGUCGCAUCGGGCGCAACUUCCUUCGAUGCUGGCACGGGCGCAAGGAUUCCCCUCUCGACGUGGUGGCCAUCAACGACACUGGUGGCGUGAAGCAAGCGUCUCACCUCCUCAAAUACGAUUCCACGCUCGGCAUCUUCGAUGCCGACGUUAAGACCGCCGGCGAUCGUGCGAUCUCGGUCGAUGGAAAGAUAAUACAGGUCGUCACUGAUCGAAACCCUGCAAAUUUGCCAUGGAAGGCUCUCGGCAUCGACAUCGUCAUCGAGGGCACUGGUGUGUUUGUCGACAGGGAGGGGGCCGGUAAGCACAUUCAGGCCGGUGCGAAGAAGGUUCUGAUUACGGCUCCGGGAAAGGGUGAUAUACCCACCUAUGUCGUCGGCGUCAAUGCGGAUGCUUACAGCCAUGAUGAGCCUAUCAUCAGCAACGCGUCCUGCACUACCAACUGCCUCGCUCCUUUCGUCAAGGUCCUUGAUCAGAAGUUCGGUAUCAUCAAAGGAACAAUGACAACUACUCACUCCUACACUGGUGACCAAAGGCUACUGGAUGCCAGCCACCGUGACCUCCGCCGCGCCCGUGCCGCCGCCCUCAACAUUGUCCCAACAUCCACCGGUGCGGCCAAAGCCGUGGCCCUUGUCCUCCCCACUCUCAAAGGCAAACUUAACGGGAUCGCCCUUCGAGUCCCCACCCCAAACGUCUCCGUCGUCGACCUUGUCGUCCAAGUUAGUAAGAAGACAUUCGCCGAAGAGGUCAAUGCUGCUUUCAGGGACAGUGCAGAGAAGGAGCUGAAGGGUAUCCUCUCCGUUUGCGACGAACCGCUUGUCUCCGUCGACUUCCGGUGCUCCGAUGUGUCUUCAACAGUUGAUUCAUCUUUAACUAUGGUGAUGGGUGAUGAUCUGGUCAAAGUGAUUGCAUGGUAUGAUAACGAAUGGGGCUACUCGCAGAGGGUCGUAGAUUUGGCUCACAUUGUUGCGGAUAACUGGAAGUAGUCAUUGAGCAGUUAGCUGUUCAAAUGUAAUUUUUCCUUCUUUUGUUUUUUUUUGUUCUUCUCAUUGAAGUUUUUAUUUUUUUUCCUUUUUUAGUUAUAUUGUCUUUGUAAUGAGGCAUUUGAUCUUUUUGGAUCUUAUGUGAAAUGUAAAACCUGUAUUUGAUUUACGUGGAAGCAGACUUUUGUAUCU